UACUUUUUCUCCUUUUUUAUCGUGAUGGCUCCUCUGACCGCACGUCACUUACAAAUGCAUUUGUUUGCAAAAUAAGUUAAAAAUCCAGUUUAAAAAUCGAUAAAGUUCAACCUUAAUCUUAAGUAUUCUAAAAUGCUUGGUUUAACCAGGUUAGACCUAAGUUUGGCUUGUUUUGUUACUGUUGGGCUACACCCACAGACAACUCUGACUUGUGCUUAUAUUUUAUUUGUAAUAAUAGUGCUGAGGAACCACUAAAAACAGAGAUUUAGGUUAUUAUCAAACGCCCAAGUGAUAUUUUCAUUUCACUCAAACCAUAAAUUAUAACGACGAAUAUUGCUAUAUAAAUAUGAACUGUAUGCUCAAGAAUGUUGUGUUUUUCCUCUAUAUGACCAUCAGAUGUCAGCUCUGCCUUUAGAAGACAAUGGUACUGAGGCUGAUGAUGAAGAUGAUGAGGAAAGAAGGAGGAGCAUAGUGCUGCUCUCACUCCUCCUAUUGCUGCUGUAGCUGCUCUGUCCUCCUCCGCUGUGUCGCUGGAUCAGUGUAUGUGACUCCAGGAAUCCUCCAGGACGAAGCUUCGCUCUGUAUCUCACGAAUAUUGAGGGGGAAAAUGGCCCCCAGCAGGAGGAAGCAGCGGCGACCACUGCAGGAUUAAAGCACUCGCCGUUACCUAAUGGAUGUUAACGGAGAGCGUGAGGAGACAGUGGAGCUUUUCUUGGGAAGAGUCUAGCUGCAGACGCCGCUCACAGCUUUAGCUUCCAGCUCCGUGGAGGUGUGCAGGAGGAAGACCACCAUCAUUCCUCAUUCCCAGUCCUCAGAGAAAACCCCCUUCCUCAGAGGGCUGCCUUUGCCCUGACAAAGCCACUGAAAAUGAACAUGGUAAAAAGGAUCAUGGGAAGUCGGCGGCAGGAGGAGUGCAGUCCGCAGGACAAUGCUCUCGGCCUGAUGCACCUCCGCCGCCUCUUCUCAGAGCUGUGCCACCCACCACGUCAUAUGACCCAGAAGGAGCAGGAGGAGAAGCUCUACAUGAUGCUACCUGUGUUCAACAGGGUGUUUGGAAAUGCUCCUCCCAGUUCCAUGAUGGAGAAGUUCUCCGAUCUGCUGCAGUUCACUACACAGGUGUCACGACUCAUGGUGACAGAGAUCAGACGUCGAGCUUCCAACAAAUCCACCGAGGCAGCCAGUCGAGCCAUCGUCCAGUUCCUGGAGGUGAAUCAGAGUGAGGAGACGAGUCGAGGCUGGAUGCUUCUGACCACCAUCAACCUGUUGGCUUCAUCUGGACAGAAAACAGUGGACUGCAUGACGACCAUGUCUGUCCCCUCCACUCUGGUCAAAUGCCUCUAUCUGUUCUUUGACCUGCCUCACAUGGCCGAGGCCCCACUGGGCCCCCCUCCUCAGCCCCAACCACCGCUGCCCCCCCUACAGGAGAAGACAGUCCAGGGCCAACCUCAGCCAGAGCUACCGUUGGCUGACCGUAGGGCACUGCUACAAAAAGUCUUUGUUCAGAUCCUUGUGAAGCUCUGCAACUUCGUUUCUCCAGCUGAGGAGCUGGCUCAGAAAGACGACCUUCAGCUGCUCUUCAGUGCCAUCACUUCUUGGUGUCCACCCCACAACUUGCCCUGGAGAAGGAGUGCGGGCGAGGUGCUGACAACCAUUUCCCGCCACGGACUUAGCGUUAACGUAGUCAAAUACAUCCAUGAGAAGGAAUGUUUAGCCACGUGUGUCCAAAACAUGCAGCAGUCAGAUGACUUAUCACCGCUGGAGAUUGUGGAGAUGUUUGCUGGCCUCUCCUGCUUCCUCAAAGACUCAAGUGACGUCUCACAGACACUGCUGGAUGACUUCAGGAUGUGUCAAGGUUAUGCCUUCCUUUGUGAUCUCAUGCUCAGACUGGAACAGGCCAAAGAGGACGAAUCCAAGGAUGCACUCAAAGACCUCAUAAACUUGGUCACAUGUCUGACCACGUACGGUAUAACUGAGCUGAAACCUGCAGGUCUGACCACCGGCGCCCCCUUUCUGCUGCCUGGGUUUGUUCUUCCACAGCCUUCUGGGAAAGAACACACAGUAAGGAACAUUCAGGCCUUUGCCGUCCUUCAAAAUGCCUUCCUUCGUGCUAAAACCAGCCGCCUGGCCUGCAUGCUGCUGGACGCCAUCGGAAACAUCUAUGCUGUCGAGCCAGCUAAUUAUUUUAUUUUGGAGUCUCAGCACACACUCUCACAGUUCGCUGAGCGUGUGGCAAAACUACCUGAGGCCCAGGUCAAGUACUUUGAGUUGCUGGAGUUCGUGGUAUUCAGCCUUAACUAUGUUCCAUGUAAGGAGUUGUUCAGUGUGAGCGUAUUGCUAAAGUCUAGCACGUCGCAUGCAUGCAGCGUCACUGCCGUGCGCUCGCUGCUGAAGUUAGCCAGACAUGAUACUGUCUUCAAUGAUGUCUUGCGCGAGGUGGGCCUGCUGGAGGUUCUGGUUAACCUACUGCACAAGUAUGCUGCCAUGCUGAAAGAGCCAGUUACGCAGUCCACAAUGACAACAAUGCAGUUACAUGCUCACGAGCAAGCGGAAUGUAAAAACAACUGUGUGGCUGAGGAACAGAAGCAGUUAGCCUGGCUGGUGAUGGAGACACUGACGGUGUUACUGCAGGGCAGCAACAACAGCAGCACUAAUGCAGCUUUGUUUAGAGAGUUUGGUGGUGCUCGCUGUGUUCACAACAUUGUGCGGUAUCGUCAGUGUCGGGACCAUGCUCUCCUCAUCAUCCAGCAGCUCAUUCUGUCUCCCAGCGGAGAUGACGACAUGGGGACGCUGCUGGGUCUAAUGCACUCGGCACCACCCACUGAGCUGCAGCUGAAGACUGACAUCCUGAGGGCUUUGCUGGCAGUGUUGCGCGAGAGUCACCGCACACGGACAGUCUUUCGUAAAGUUGGCGGUUUUGUUUAUGUCACCUCCUUGUUGGUGGCGAUGGAGCGCUCUCUGUGUCAGCCUCCCCGCCAGGGCUGGGAGAAGGUGAACCAGAACCAGGUCUUUGAGCUCCUGCUCACUGUCUUCUGCACGCUGACUGCUGCCAUGCGUUAUGAACCCGCCAACUCCCACUUUUUCCGCACAGAAAUCCAGUUUGAGAAGCUGGCUGAUGCUAUCAGGCUCCUCGGUUGUUUCUCUGAUACUAAGAAACUGGCUCCUACCUCUGUCUUUCCAUCAAAUGCGCAGCCCUUCCAGAGGUUGCUUGAGGAUGAUUGUGCCCCUGGUGGUUGUGCAGGAGACAGCGUCUGUCCCACACUUAAAAGCUGCAGCAAACUUUUUAUCUACAUGUACAAAAUGGCCACUGACUCAUUUGACAGACAUGGAUACUAUGGAACAUCUGGCCCACCUGCCCCCGUCAAAGCUCUGACUGACCUAAAACUACACCUGUCUAACCCCAUCCACAUUGCUGGUUCCUCCUCUUCAUCAGAGCUAGUGGUCAUCCACCCGGGGGCAGUUCUGGCCAUGCUGGAUCUGCUGCCCUCCGUCUGCUCCGACAGCCAACCUGAGCAUGCUCUGGACCUACAGCUAGCUGUGGCCAACAUUCUGCAGCUGCUGGUGAACAGUGAGAGAAACCAGCAGCUUCUGUGUGAUGCUAGUCUGCACCAGAGGCUGCUGCAGCGCUGCAGCCACGCUUUGAGCGAUGAGGAGCAUCCACUGCAUCCACCGCUACAGAGGAUGUUUGAGAGGCUGGCCUCACAAGCACUGCAGCCCAUGGUUCUUAGGGAGUUUGUGCGUCUGGGAAACCCUCUUAAUUGUGGAGCCUGGGAUAAGAAGCUGCUGAAACAGUACAGAGUUCACAAACCCAGUUCAGUGAGCUACGACAGCGAGAUGAGAAGCAGCAUGACCAUGUCCACGGAGGGCUUUGGUGCCGAUAGUGUGUUUGCUACGCCAGCAGAGGAGAAUGGUCAGUACAGGAUCAGCCGCAGCCUUGUGCGCUCAGCAGAGGGCAGCACUGUGCCAUUGACCAGGGUCAAGUGUCUAGUCUCCAUGACAACGCCCCAUCACAUCCGCCUGCAUGGCUCAGCGGUCACACCUGCCUUUAUUGAGUUUGACACCUCACUGGAAGGUUUUGGUUGUCUCUUCCUGCCCAGCGUGGCUCCUCCACACAACAACCCCUCCAGCUCCGCCACCACCUCUGCUGUUGCUGAAGGAGCUGUGCUCAGUGGGAUGGGAUCAGGGGAGCGCUUGUUUCCUCCACCAUCUGGACUCAGCUACUCCACUUGGUUCUGUGUUGAGCGUUUCAGCUCUGUGCCCCAUGCUCACCCCCUGCGUCUUCUCACCGUGGUCCGUCGAGCCUCUUCCUCAGAGCAGCACUACGUCUGCCUGUCUGUCGUUCUGUCCUGUAAAGACCGGACCUUGAGUGUCUCCACCAAAGAGGAGCUUCUGCAGACCUACUCGGACGAGUCAAGUGAGGAGUCUGCCUUUUACGAGCUUCUUCCAUGCUGCGCUCGUUUCCGCUGUGGUGAGCUCAUCUCCGAGGGUCAGUGGCAUCACUUGCUGUUGGUGAUGAGCAAAGGCAUGUUGAAGAAUAGCAUGGUCUCACUGUACAUCGAUGGUCAAUUGGUCAACACUGUCAAGUUACACUACAUCCAUAGUUCACCUGGGGGUUCUGGUUCUACUAACCCUCCGGUGGUCAGUACUGUUUAUGGUUAUGUGGGAACUCCACCAGCCCAGAGACAAAUCUCUAGUUUGGUCUGGCGUCUGGGCCCCACCCAUUUCCUGGAGGAAGUUCUGCCCGCCUCCAGCGUAGCGGCCAUCUACGAAUUCGGACCAAACUAUGUGGGCAGUUUCCAAGCGGUGUACUUGCCCUGUAAAGAUUCGAAGGUUGAAGCAGUUCCAGCAUCUCCAGUUGCAUUGGUUGCUGAGGAGAAGGUGUCUUUCAGUCUAUACGCUGUCUCUGCAUCCACACUGACUGUAGCUAAGAUCCGCAAGAACUACAACAAACUGGACAGUAAAGCCAUCGCCAAACAGUUGGCUGUGUCAUCUCAUGAAAACGCUACUCCUGUGAAGCUGAUCCAUAACGCUGCAGGUCACCUCAAUGGUCCUGCCCGCACGAUUGGAGCAGCAGUGGUUGGAUACUUGGGUGUGCGAACCUUCAUACCCAGACCUGUGGCCACAAACCUGCAGUUUGUAGGUGGGGCAGCGGCCAUUUUGGGUCUGGUCGCCAUGGCAUCUGAUGUGGAGGGUCUGUAUGCAGCAGUCAAAGCUCUGGUCUGUGUUGUCAAAAGCAAUCCGCUGGCCAGUAAGGAGAUGGAGCGCAUCAAAGGUUACCAGCUACUGGCCAUGCUUCUAAAGAAGAAACGCUCGCUGCUCAACAGCCACAUCCUCCACCUGACGUUCUCACUGGUGGGGACGGUGGACAGUGGCCAUGAGACAUCCAUCAUCCCCAACUGUACUGCCUUCCAGGACCUGCUCUGUGACUUUGAGGUUUGGCUCCACGCUCCCUACGAGCUGCACCUGUCUCUGUUUGAGCACUUUAUUGAGCUGCUGACUGAGUCCAGCGAGGCAGCAAAAAAUGCCAAACUGCUGCGAGAAUUUCAGCUGAUUCCACGAUUGCUGCUGACACUGAGAGACACCACGUUGUCGCAGCAGACGGUCGCUGCCAUCAGCAAUGUGUUGAGUCUACUUCUGCAGGGCUUCACCAACGUGCACGACCUGCUCAGGUUUGGUCAGUUCAUCUCCUCCACUCUUCCCACAUUCGCUGUCUGUGAGAAGUUUGUGGUGAUGGAAAUUAACAAUGAAGAGAAGAUCGACGGGGGAAACGAUGAAGACUUUGGAGGUCUUUUUUCUGCCAACUUGAUUUUGCUAAGAAACCGACUGUUAGAGAAUCUGCUGCUUCUGCUCUUCACCAGCAAAGAAAAAAAUGGCAGUGGAGGUGUCAGCAGCGUCAACACUCAGGCGUGUGAAGAGCUUGUUCGUACUCUGGGCUUUGAUUGGCUUUUGAUGUUUAUGGAGGAGCAUCUCCAUCCCAGUACCGUGACAGUGGCUCUGUGGAUCAUGGUGGUUCUUCUGUCCAACCAGUCCAUCCUCAACCGGUUUAAAGAGGGAGUCUGUGGUGGUGGCUGGCUGGACCACACUGAUGCUGUACUGACCAAUAAGAUUGGUACCGUGCUGGGUUUCAAUGUGGGACGCAGUGCCGGCGGACGCUCCACACUGCGAGAAAUCAACCGGGAUGCCUGUCACUUCCCAGGAUUCCCAGUGCUGCAGACGCUGCUGCCCAAACACACUAACGUUCCAGAGCUCUACUUCCUGCUGAUGGCGCUGUUCCUGCAGCAACCAAUCACGGAGCUGCCGGACAGCCUGCAGGUACAUUUUGAUCUCGACUCCAUCUGGACCUUUAUCUUUGGCAUCCCAGCCUCCAGUGGGACGGUGCUCAACUCCAUUCACAGCUUCUGCACUGAGGCUGCGUUUCUGCUGCUAGCAAUGCUCCGAAGCAUGCUCAACCUGCCGUGGCAGUCGGAGGAGGAGGGUUCUUGGCUCAGAGAAUACCCCGUCACAUUAAUGCAGUUCUUCAGGUACCUGUACCACAACGUAGCUGACCUGGGGUCUAUGUGGCACAGUCCAGACUUCCUGUGUGCUUUGGCUGCCUCCGUCUUCCCCUUCAACAUUAGACCCUACUCUGAAAUGGUCAGUGAUCUGGAUGAUGAAGCAGGUUCACCCAUCGAGGAGUUCAAGGCUUUCACUGGAGACUCGGGUAUGAAUCGCAGUCAGUCGGAGUACUGCAACGUCGGUUCCAAGACCUCACUGACCAACCACCCAGCCAAGAAGUAUGUCUUUGACUUCAUGAGAGUCCUGAUCAUGGACAAUCUGUGCAUGACUCCAGCCAGCAAACAGACCCCGAUCAUUGACCUUCUGUUAGAGGCAUCACCAGAGCGUUCUACCAGGACACAGCAGAAAGAGUUUCAGUCCAGUGUCCUGGACGGAGUCAUGGAGCAUUUGCUGGCUGCUGAUGUUCUGUUAGGUGAGGAUGCGUCACUACCUCUGAGCAGUAGUGGGAGUUACCAGAUCUUGGUCCACAAUGUCUUCUAUUUCACCCAGCGUGUGGUAGAUAAACUGUGGCAGGGAAUGUUCAACAAAGACUCCAAAUUGGUGGUUGACUUCAUCGUCCAGCUCAUAGGACAGUCUAAGCGCCGUUCCCAGGGUCUGUCUUUGGACACAAUCUACCACUGUCUAAACCGGACUGUUCUGUAUCAGCUUUGUCGUUCGCAUAAGACAGUUGCUCAGCAGGUGGCGCUACUAGAUGCCCUGCGAGUCUUGACAGUGAACAGGAACCUGGUUCUGGGUCCAGGAAACCACGACCAGGACUUUGUGGCAUGUUUGGCCCACUGCUUCAUCUGCCUGCACAGUGGGAGCUGCAUGGAUGGCUUCGGUCUGGAGGCUGAGGCCCGCAUGACCACCUGGCAUGUCAUGAUCCCUUCAGAAAAUGAGACGGACUCUGCACACAACCAUGAUGUCAGCGAAGGGCGGCAGCUGCUGCUGAAGGCGGUGAACCGUGUGUGGACAGAGCUGAUGCACAGCAAACGUCAGAUGUUGGAGGACAUUUUCAAAGUGUCCCUGCCCUGUAAUGACAGAGGACACGUGGACAUCGCCACUGCCAGACAUGGUCUAGAAGAACCUGCACUCAAGAGCUGGCAGAACCAUCUGGCCUAUGAGAGGAAGUGCAUCAGUCGCGGUGAAGCCGUGGCUCCGACGUCUCAGUCCAAACUCUCCAGAGUCAGCAGCGGCUUUGCUCUGUCCAAGCUCACAGGAGUCCGACGCAACAAGAAGGAGAACAGUCUGAACAAGAACAGCCUGAGUGCACAGGAGACUUUCCAGUGGAUGUUCACACAUAUUGCUGUGGUCAGAGAUCUGGUGGCAUUACAGUACAAAGAACAUCAGGAGCGCCAGCAGAACUCGCUGAAGUACGUGAGUGAGGAGUGGGCGUGUCUGGAGUACGAGCUGCUGCGUGAGCGUGGACUCUGGGGUCCCCCCAUUGGUUCUCACCUGGACAAGUUUGUUCUGGAAAUGACUGAGGGACCAUGCCGCAUGAGGAAAAAGAUGGUCCGCAACGACAUGUUCUACAUCCACUACCCUUACAUGCCUGAGCCAGAGAACAACGCCACCUCUGUCCAGAAACCUCAACGCUACCGCCGGGCCGUCAGCUAUGACAGUAAAGAGUACUACAUGCGUCUGCUGUCGGGGAACCCUGGAAUGUACCAGCACUCGGUGGAACAGAACACAGAGGGAGAGGCGGCACCUCACGAGCCAGAGCCCGGAGAGGACACUAUUGCCAGGGUCAAAGGCCUGGUGAAGGCGCCAUUAAAAAGGUCAAGGUCCACAGCAGAUGGCGGUGAGGACGAUGGUUCGGAGCAGCUUCAGGAACAGCUACUGGAGUCUAGUGUCCCUGAGGACGAGCACAGGACAGACAAUACUUCCCUGCUGCGCCUCCUAGAGGAAGGAGAGAAGAUCCAGCACAUGUACCGUUGUGCUCGGGUUCAGGGUCUGGACACCAGUGAAGGUCUUCUGCUCUUUGGGAAGGAGCAUUUUUACGUUAUUGAUGGCUACACCAUGACUGUGUCCAGGGAGAUCAGAGACAUCGAUACGCUGCCACAGAACCUGUAUGAGGCCAUCAUUCCUCGAGGAGCCAGACAAGGCCAAAGUCAGCUGAAGAGGAGCUGCAGCAUCUUUAACUACGAGGACAUUAAAGAGGUCCACAAGAGACGCUACCUUCUCCAGCCCAUGGCAGUGGAAGUCUUCUCAGCAGAUGGAAGAAACUACCUGUUGGCUUUCCAGAAAGGAGUGCGGAACAAAGUCUACCAGAGGUUUCUGGCCGUGGUGCCUUCACUGGCCGACAGCUCUGAGUCUGUUUCAGGUCAGAGACCCAACACCAGUGUGGAACAGGGAUCCGGUUUACUCAGCACUCUGGUCGGAGAGAAGUCUGUGACUCAGCGUUGGGAGCGUGGAGAGAUCAGUAACUUUCAGUACCUGAUGCACCUGAACACUUUAGCAGGUCGCUCCUACAAUGACCUCAUGCAGUACCCAGUCUUCCCCUGGAUCCUGGCAGACUACGAUGCUGAGGAGCUAGACCUAAACAAUCCAAAGACAUUCCGUAACCUGUCAAAGCCAAUGGGCGCACAGACGGACGACAGACUCACGCAGUACAAGAAGAGAUACAAAGACUGGGAGGAUCCAAAUGGUGAAACUCCAGCAUAUCACUACGGCACCCACUACUCCUCAGCCAUGAUCGUGGCUUCCUAUCUGGUCCGAAUGGAGCCGUUCACCCAGAUUUUUCUUCGACUCCAGGGCGGUCACUUUGACCUGGCAGACAGGAUGUUCCAUAGCGUCCGUGAAGCCUGGCUUUCUGCAUCCAAACACAACAUGGCCGAUGUCAAAGAGCUGAUUCCUGAGUUCUUUUAUCUCCCAGAGUUCCUGCUCAACUCUAACAACUUUGACCUGGGAGCCAAACAAAACGGCACUAAGUUGGGUGACGUCAUCCUGCCACCAUGGGCGAAGGGCGACCCUCGAGAGUUCAUCAGAGUCCACAGAGAGGCUCUGGAGUGCGACUACGUAUCUGCACACCUCCACGAGUGGAUCGACCUCAUCUUUGGCUACAAGCAGCAGGGUCCUCCUGCUGUGGAGGCCGUCAAUGUGUUCCACCACCUGUUCUAUGAGGGUCAGGUGGACAUCUACAACAUUAACGACCCGCUUAAGGAGACAGCCACCAUUGGCUUUAUAAACAACUUUGGUCAAAUUCCUAAGCAGCUGUUUAAGAAACCACACCCUCCAAAACGUGUCCGUGGUAAAGCUAAUGGAGAUGUGGUCAGUGUUCCACCAAAUGCUAACAGUGAUAAGAUCUUCUUCCAUCACCUGGACAAUCUAAGGCCAUCACUGACACCUGUUAAAGAGCUCAAGGAACCUGUUGGUCAGAUCAUGUGCACUGACAAAGGUGCCCUGGCUGUGGAGCAGAAUAAGGUUCUGGUCCCACCCACCUGGACCAGAAGUUUUGCCUGGGGUUAUGCUGACCUCAGCUGCCGAUUGGCCAACUAUGAAUCUGACAAGGCUCUGGUGGUCUAUGAGUGUCUGACAGAGUGGGGUCAGAUCCUCUGCUCCAUCUGUCCAAACCCAAAACUGGUCAUCACUGGAGGAACCAGCACUGCUGUCUGUGUGUGGGAGACGGGAACAUCCAAGGAACGCAACAAAACACUGACGCUCAAACAGGCAUUGCUUGGACACACGGAUGCCGUUACAUGUUUGACCGCAUCCUCAGCUUACCACAUUGUGGUGAGUGGGUCACGGGAUCGAACCUGUAUCAUCUGGGACCUAAACAAACUCUCCUUCGUCACACAGCUGAGAGGUCACCGAGCACCUGUCUCAGCUUUGUGCAUCAAUGAACUGACGGGCGACAUUGUGUCAUGUGCAGGCACCUACAUUCACGUGUGGAGCAUAAACGGUAGUCCGAUUGCCAGUGCUAACACAUUCACAGGUCGCAGUCAGUUGAUCCUCUGCGUGUGUGUGUCAGAGAUGAAUGAGUGGGACACCCAGAAUGUCAUCGUCACAGGUCACUCUGACGGCGUUGUCAGGUUUUGGAGGAUGGAGUUUCUUCAGGUCCCAGAAACUCCGGCUCCACAGCCUGUGGAACCUGAUAUUUCGGACUGCUGUGGCGAUGAAAAGAUUGAAGGUGGUGAGAGCCACAACGGGGAUGAUGACAGCAGCGAGUCUGAUGUAGACGAACCCAGUCUGACUCAGGAGACCAAAGAAACAGGAAACCCUUCAACAGGUGGAGGAAGUCAACCAGGCAGCGCCACCCAUAGGCCUAGAGGUCCAUCUGGUCGAGCAGCAGCUUCCUGGUCGAUGGACAGUGGCUCGGACGACUCACACCGCUGGUCGGACACACUCAGCAUUGAUGAGAAGGAUGGCUUCGUCUUCGUUAACUACUCAGAGGGACUGAACAGAAGUCACAUGGCUCACCCAGGACCCGCCCCCUCACACCCAAUGACAACAACAUCAGUGACAACCUCUGCUGAUCCUCGAACCUUCAACCAGCUGAGGGCAGGUCAUAAGUGGGAACGUCAGCUGGUUUUCCGCAGUAAACUCACCAUGCACACAGCGUUUGAUCGUAAAGACAAUCUCCAGCCAGCUGAAAUCACUGCACUCUCCAUCUCCAAGGACCACAGUAAGAUCCUGGUGGGCGAUGGCCGCGGUCGGGUCUUCAGCUGGUCUGUGAGUGAGCAGCCCGGUCGUUCUGCAGCUGAUCACUGGGUGAAGGACGAGCAGGUUGACAACUGUUCCAGCUGCAGUGUUAGGUUCUCGCUCACAGAGAGACGGCAUCACUGCAGAAACUGCGGUCAGCUCUUCUGCCAAAGGUGCAGCCGUUUCCAGUCAGAGAUCAGGAGGUUGAAGAUCUCGUCUCCAGUCAGAGUUUGUCAGAACUGUUUUUACAACCUGCAGCAUGAGCGCGGGGGAGGAGGGAGUGACUGAAGACCUGGCUG